AUGGUCCGUGAGCGCUUCGAGCAGGUCGCUCAACAGCUUGGCGAUUUGGCGGUGCUCAAAACGGCCGUGGAGAACAGCGAGGUUUGCUUCGACUGGGGCAUCUACCGGUCACCCGAGCGAAAGACCUGGAUCUCUCCAAAGGGUCGAACCGUGCUGCUGGGGGAUGCAGCUCAUGCUACUGCACCCUUCAUGGGGCAGGGUGCGAAUAUGGCCAUGCAUGAUGCCUAUUGCUUGGGACAAAUCCUGCUGAAUCCAAAGAUCUCCUUGUCUGAUGGCUUGCAACUCUAUGAGAACAACCGCAAGGCCUACUGCGAGAGCGUCGUCGCUCGAAGCUCAAGGAUGGGACAGGUACAUACUGCAGUUGGUCUUAAGGCUUCUUUCCGGAACACCUUUCUGUCAACGAUUGUGCUCCCCAUCAUGAGGAAGGUCUUGUCCACAGGCCCACCAAGCAGAAACCCUGGGACACGCAGAACGAGUCCAGUCUGGUCAACUGUGCCAGUGGCGCUCUCAGUCUCAUCAGGCGUUUUGGAAAGAGUGUGGGACGCAUGUGCUCAUGAUGGGCACCGAGAGACAUGA